GGCAUCGUCGACUGUCGACGGGCCAGUGCUGCUGCAGCAGCAGGUGCAUCGCCUGUGCGAGAGGUGCAUCGACUUCGAAGCCUAUGCGUUGAGGCUGGCGAGGGUCUCUUUCUCGUGUGAGUUGAAAAUAACACAGGGGUCCCCGCACGCGACGAACACCUGUUCCCAGGCUGCCGCGCGAUGUCGCGCGCCACCCGCGUCGUCGUCGUCGCUGCGACACCGCGGGUCGCGCGUCGCGGUUAGAGCUUGGAGCGACCUGGUGUCACUCGCGCGCGACGGCCCCGCGAUCGCUCUCCCCCUUCGUACUCCCGUGUGCAGGUUCGCGCGGUCGAAUGUGACUGUAACGCAGGCACGGGCGAACGAAACCGCGGACUCGGCUGGUGCGAUACGUCAACGUAAGAUGGAUCCAAGGGGCCCUCCUGAGGGGGCCCCUGCCGAGUCCUUCGAGAUAGCCAGCAUCGACAGGGCGGCUGACACCUCGGUGAACUGGCCUACGGACCAUCCCUUCGCCACGUCCCUGUGCGAGCAGCCGAAGAAGCUGAACAGGCUCGUCUUCCUGACGGUGAGUGACCCUCGGCUGACGCGAGCGUCAUUCACGACGCGACCGCUCUCUUGCCAGGUUGAAUAUGUGGAGGAUCAGUCCCGGCUGUUCCCCACGUACGAGCAGAUCUCCUUUUCCCCGAGGGCGACCUCCCCGCUGUCCGAGUUCGAGCAUCGAGUCAGCCCGCUGGACCCGAAUAUGAGCUCCGCCGCCAGAUACUCCCCCACGCCGGUCCAACUGCCCUCCUCGCCCUUCCACAACUCCGUCGUCGUGCUGCAGGGCCCGUCCUCGCCCCUCAUGUCGCAGCCCGAGCCGAACAUACGAACGAGCAUCAAUUACGUCACCCAGCUGGCUCAUCCGAUCGACACUCAGACCGUACCCCAGGCGGACGCCACCGCAGACUUUGUUGGCAAUGGGAACGAGGACGGGCUGGUGUCCAGCGUCAGCAACGAACUGAUUUUGAUGCAGGAAACUGCGCCCGAGUUGGAAUCCUCGGCGACUCCCCUGAUGCUAACGGGAAUACCGGGCACGGACUUCGCUCUGACCAGGGAUUUCUUGGUGAUGCAGGACGAUCAGAUAAACGUUAUCAACACGUUUAAAAAUCAGAACAUGGAGAUGGAGGACAACUCCAUAGCUUUGCCACCCAUUACCGAGGAUGCGAACAAGGAGAACAACAAUCUCGCUUUGCCAGAGGGUGAUAAGGAGAUUCAACAAGUUGCCAAAGACCUGCCGUCCACCGAGAAGAGGAAAGUAGUCGAGAAGAAAGAUAUUAGGAGAUCCAAGCGUCAUAUAACGGAUAAAAAAGAUUUCUGGUGCGACGACGAGUACGACAGUAAUUGUGCCAAAGACGACAGCUCUAACUUGACCGACGUAUGCGCAAUCGCGGAUCAACCUGUACCAUCGCGUGCUGUAGCAACACUGCCAGGAUCAUAUCUUUUGUUAAACAAACUAUCCACUUUGCACGCUGCAGCGAACAACGUGACCUAUGGUAUCUUUGCGAAACGUAAUAUUCGAAGGCGCACGCAAUUCGGGCCCAUCAAAGGCGAGUUUUGCGCCUACGACGGCUCGCCCUUCGAGGACGCUCUGCCACUGCUCUAUGAAACUGAACACGGCGAAUUCCUGAAAGUAGACGUUUCCAACGAAAACACUUCAAACUGGAUGCGCUUCGUGCGGCCCGCGCUGACGUACAAGGAGCAAAAUUUGAUUAUUUGUCAGCAGAAAGAUGGAAUAGUGUUUUUGACCAAUCGAAACAUCUCGCCGAAAGAGGAGCUAAAGGCGGGCCCCGGUCCAGACUAUGCGAGUCGCAGAAAUUUGCCAAUGCUCAAACCAGACGUGAAAGAUGAAAAAGGAGAAGUGGCUAAUCAAGCACCCACGUGGCCACGUUUGGACGGUAAUUCUUACAAUCGACGCAUAAAGAUGUUUCGCGACAGGAACGUGAAGGAGAAGGAGAACUCGCGACAGAACAAGUGCGACAAGGAGUGGAAGUGUUCCAUGUGCAGCUUGAUUUUCAGAAAGCCGUCCCUGCUCAACUUGCACACGGCCGUUCAUUCUAACGAUAUCAAAAUCGAGGAUGAGAUGUCCACGUGCCCGCAGUGCGGACUGGAAUUCCAGAAGCCGAGCGAAUUGGUGAACCACGUGUCUCAGCACGGGCGAACGGCGUUACCUAAAGCGAAGAGAUUAAAUCCUUUGGGUUCAUACAAGUGUUCAAUGUGCUACAAACGUUUCGCCACCAAGAUACGGUUGCAACAGCACUGUUUGGCGCAUGGCGCUGAAGACCAAAAACCACUGCCGUGCAGUAUCUGCUUGAAACGAUUCAUGAACAACUCCGCAUUGUCCGGUCAUCUGAAAACGCAUAAAGAAAACAAACAGGUCUUCGAGUGCCCAAUGUGCCGGCAGCUCUUCCGCCAGGGUACGAUGCUGAAGGAUCACGUCGAGACGCAUAGGAAUCAAGACGGUAUAUUCAAUUGCCCUCACUGCCAGCGAACAUUCAUCAAGUAUUCGGUCAUUCGCAAACACAUUCGGGCGCAUCACUGCGAAAGGAAGCACAAGUGUCAGCAUUGUGCGAAACGCUUCCCGACGGUCGACAAACUGCGAAUGCAUCUGCUGAAACACUCUGAUCACAGAGAAUUCCACUGCGCGAACUGCGGUAAACGGUUCAAGAGGAAGGACAAGCUGAAGGAGCACAUGACGAAGAUACAUCACUCCCAGACGGUUAACGGAGAGCAAAUAACGCAGAACAGCCAAGCGAAGAAAUUUGUGCCAAAGGUGAACCCGAACGACUACAAUCGCUUCAUUUACAAAUGCCAUCAAUGCCUGGUGGGUUUCAAAAGAAGGGGAAUGCUGGUGAAUCAUCUGGCGAAGCGGCAUCCCGACGUCGCUCCCGAAUCUGUGCCGGAAUUGAACUUACCUAUCCUGCGACAAACCAGAGACUACUAUUGCCAGUACUGCGACAAGGUGUACAAAAGUAGCAGUAAGCGUAAAGCACAUAUCGUGAAGAACCAUCCGGGCGCGGCCUUGCCGCCCAGUAACCGGCAAAAGGAGUCUGAGUUUUCAGGACUGCCGAAUCCAAGCUUCAGUCAGACGGUGGGCAGCAUCACGACCAGUCCUCAAGGUUGUCAGUGGUGCCACAAACAGUACGCCAGCAAGGCGAAGCUGUUGCAGCAUCAACGCAAGAAGCACGCGCACCUGAUGGAGCCGGCGGAUCAAGUACCGCGAUCGCGGAACCGGCCGCCGCAAAAUCAAAAUCAACCACCCGCGCUCAACGACAGCAACUAUGUGAUAUCCGAUUAUAUACAAGGAUGCGACGGGGAUUUCCUGAAGCAGAAAAUCAAAAUAACGAACGACGUUGAUCUGAUAGGCAACGGAGGUUUGGAGAUGAUCGGUCAGCAGAUUGUGCGUAUGCGCGACAUACGUUGAGGAAAAGCGCGGCAUCCUCGACACAGAGGAUGAGCGUCGCCAAUUUAUCGAGAUAUGAAUCUCGUGACCUUUGUACGCAGUCGAGAUAGGCUGCGGUUGUUUUGCUGCCGUUACCAAAUCGCGGCGACGUCGCCUGGACGAAGCGACGAAGCGUGUCGCCCGAGAAUAUUUGGGAAAAUGCGGCUUUGUCAGCGUCAGUGCGAAACACUGGGCGCUGUUUUGUUGGUUGUACGCGUUGGUCGAUCGACAAUGACGACGGUUACCGAUGAUAAUUAGUGGCUUUGACGGAUUUGUUGGAGACUGAGCGCGCAGUUUUAAGGAUACUUUGCCCGAGCCUGGAAACGAAAAAAAAAGAGACGCCUAAAAACGUUGACUGAGAACCAACGAGGCUCGAAUCCACUUGCGGCGGAGAACAUUGUAGUCUCGUACAAUUGUUGAGAUCUUUUCUUGAAGUAUUAAGAGUACCGUAAAGAAAGAAAAAGAAAAAAAAAGG